AUGGCGCAGCAGGAUAAAAACAAAACUCAGAAGCUCUCCCAGGUUCCUGCUGAACAGCGUCUUGUCGUGCGACGCACAGCAGUCGCAGCUGGGCUUUCGCGCUACCUGGUGUCUGCUAUGCUAAAGGAGGGCCGCUUACAUCGCUCCACGCGUAUUAAGCCGGCUCUAACAACCGAAAACAAGCACAUGAGAGUGGAGCAUGUGCUGAGCUAUAUAGAUGAUGCAAUACACAAUUUCGAGCCUAUGGAGAACGUGAUACACAUCGACGAGAAGUGGUUUAAUCAAGACACGAACACACGCACGUACAUGCUUCUUGAAGGUGAGCUGCCACCACAGAGAGACCGCAAGAGCAAGAACUUCAUCCCGAAGACCAUGUUUCUCGCUGCAGUAGCACGACCGAGAUAUGACUUCCACCGGAAGUGUAGAUGGAGUGGCAAGAUCGGUAUCUGGGCGUUGACGGAGGACAGUGAAGCGACCCCAUUUUCGUUCAAGAAGACAAUGCCAAGCCCCAUAUUUCGCCAUUCGACCCCGACAUUUUGGCCGCUGGGCUGGAAGGAGGCUGGUCAAUUCGGCUCAUCUUCCAGCCCACGAAUUCUCCCGAUUUAA